AGAGGCCGACAGACCUCCGCUGUGUACGCGGGUACAACUCUUCUCAUAUGAGCAGAACUUGUAACCGAAGCAACUGAGGGAUUAUUACUGGAAACAAAUCGGGCGGCACAGACUUCAGAACAUCUGAAGACAUGGACUCCAAACGCCAGAGUGUUGUGAUGGAACGACUUGUAAAUGAGUUAGGGUCUCUACUGAAGAUGCUGGACCACGAGACGGUCAGUCCUGCUACCGCUGAAAAAAUGGCAUCCAUACGCAACAUCCUGGACUCACUGCAGCUGUCAGUGAACGGCUCUGAUGUCUACAUGAACAGCUGUCUCUAUGGCAAUGGCACGAGCUUUGUAGAGUCUCUGUUUGAGGAUUUUGGCUGUGAUUUGCACAUGCUCAGUGCAUCUCCAGUGGAGCAGAAAGAGCACAAGGAUGAAGAGGAGAAGACUCAUCCCAAUAAAUCUACCCCAACUGACACGCCUCCUCCUCCUCUGCCAACUACACCCCUUCCUGAUGACUACUAUGAAGAAGCUGUUCCUCUAGAUCCCGGAUCUACUCCUCAGUACUUUACCACCACAUCCAGGAACUCUGUGGAGGACGCCUAUUAUGAAGAUGCUGACAAUAACUACCCCACCACCAGAAUGAAUGGGCCUCCCAAAAGCUCCUACAAUGACUCAGAUGCUCUGAGUAGUUCUUACGAGUCUUACGAAGAAGAGGAAGAGGAAGCAAAGGGCCGAGACCAGCCUCAGAGAUGGACAGCCGAGGAAAGAACAGAUGGACCGGUUCGAGACUGCCGCAUCUGUGCCUUCCUACUGCGAAAGAAACGCUUUGGCCAGUGGGCUAAGCAGCUUGUUGUUGUCCGAGACAAUAAACUGCAGUGUUUUAAAAGCAUCAAAGAGAGCUCUCCCAACACAGAGCUCCCACUGAAUCUUUGCAACGUCAUCUAUGUCCCUAAGGAAGGCCGGAAAAAGCGUCACGAGUUGCGCUUCUCAUUACCUGGGGGCGAAGCGCUAGUCUUGGCAGUCCAGAGUAAAGAACAGGCCCAGCGAUGGCUCAAGGUGGUCCACGAUGUUGGCAGCCAGUGUAGCAACACUGAGGGGCUGGAUGGAUCAACUUCUCCAAUUAUACAGAGGAAGCUGGAGCUCGACAAGGUGCUACAGUCUGACAGACAGGCUUCAGACUCAGACAGCGGGCCAACAGCAGACAGUCAGGCCACUGCACACGGGUCAGGACGAGACACUACUGACUCACUCAACAGGGGGAAGCGUGGAGCAUUUUCAGAGCUGACCGGGUCGAUGAGCCGAGCAGCUGGGAGGAAAAUCAAUCGGAUCAUCACCUUUUCCAAGCGGAAACCUCCUUUACCAGGAGAGCCUCCUUUGUCUUCUGGCCAGCACGACAACCCCCGCUCUGGAUAUCUGAGCGUGUGUCUGAGCGGCUCUUGGAGAGAGCGGUGGUGCGUGCUCCGGGGUGGAAGUUUGUACCUGCAGAAGGACCCCGGGGACCAGCGACCCCCGAUCAUUGUGGUGCCACUCAAGGGGGCAGAGGUGAUGCCAGGCGGGCUUGGACCUAAACAUCCGUUCUCUUUCCGCAUCCUACAGGGAGGCAACGAGCUGGCAGCUCUGGAGGCCAGCUGCUCUGAGGAUCUUGGCCGCUGGCUUGGAGUUUUGUUUGCAGAGACCGGCAGCAGCACUCUCCCUGAAGAGUUGCACUAUGAUUACAUCGAUGUGGACACACUUACUGACAUACGGCAUGCUGCCAGACACUCCUUCUUGUGGGCUACAACUGCUAACUCCUCCAGCAGUGCUUCAAUAGAUUCCAGAACUUACGAUGAGGUCUAUGAAAGUGUUGCGGAAGUGGAUGUGGAGAGCAGAGGAGGCCAGGUGAGACGUCACGCUUCGUUCUCCAGCAGAGACUCUGAGAAAACUGAACAACAGGCUGCCAUUAAGAGACAUGCCUCCAAUGUGAAUCAGUAUGGGCGGUAUGGGAAGACGCGGGCAGAGGAGGAUGCCAGGCGCUACCUGAGAGAGAAAGAGGAGCUGGAGAAGCAGAAGGAGGACCUCAGAAAUGCACUGAUUUCCCUGCGCAAGGAGAAAAGGCAGUUGAAGGAGGAGGUGAAGAGCGGCACAGGUAAUAGUGUGGAAAAGCAGUUAGCUGAGCUGGAAACACUGUGCAAACAGAAGGAGGAGGAACGGGUGGAGCUGGAGCUGAGACUGACAGAGGUCAAAGAAAACCUGAAGAAGUCACUGGCUAGAGGGGCACUGGGUCCACCUACUGAUACCAAGAUCAACGUCAAGGCGCAGGGCAGUAAGGUUGAAAAGGUUUACAUGGAGACUGUGCCUGUCAACGCGGCAUCUGAGCUUCGAAAGCGGCCUCCGUCUCUUUACGCCUCCUCCAAGGGGAAUGUGAUGCAGAAGGCAAAGGAGUGGGAGUCAAAGAAGGGGACAUAGAGUGAUCAUAAACAGAUCGACAGAUGGAGACGAGGACGUUUGAAAGGAAAACGCAAGAAGAGCAAGAAAACUGGCACUGAAGAGAGAAAGGAUGGACUCGGAGGCAUUGCGCUCUCAUUUCAUCUAAAGGAAAAGUACAGGCAGCGUGAUGCUGCACCAGCUACUGUAAAUACGACAUGCUCAGCUGAUACAUCAGUACCGUGUUAAUGUGGAUCACUAUGAACGUGAUGUGUACGUGUUGGUGUGAGUUUGCAUGCGUGUUUACAUUUGCACAGGGCUGCAGAAAGUUAAAAAAAAAAAAAGGAAAGCGUAGCAAAGGGAGAGUGUAGUUCUUCAACACUGUGAGUUCAGAGUUACAGGCAAGACGUUUUAGCUACACCCACUGGUUUGUAUUAUUUUUAUACUUGAUACUUGGAAAUGAAAAAUGAAAAACCCGGUUAAACAAUUUUUUUAGUUAUAAUCUUAAAUUAUCAUUAUUAGUAAGAGAAGUACAGCAUCUCAUAUCUUAAUUAUGUAUUUAUACAUUUAAUAAAAAAUAUCGAGUAGACACUGUUCCUAAAAGCAAUGAAUAAAUGUUUGUUGUUGCAAUGUGAAGCAAUUGGUUUUGAUCUUUAUAUGACUCUUAUUUUUCACAUUUGACUUUUGCACUUUAUCUUGUUGUAUUUUGUGAUUGCAUAAAUGUGUCCUCAGCCCCUCUCAGCUGAAUCAUUUGAAGAUAAAUGCCUGUGUCUGCUUUACCUGCCCUUCACUGAGAAACGAACACACGCAAAUGUUGGAGUAAAUAAUUUUAUAAAGAA